CCAUACCGCCGACCGAGUUCUUUUCAGAGUCGCCGCCUUGGUGUCGCCGGGGAGAUUUUUCUUGCGGCUACUGUUGCCGCAACCACCCCUGGGCUCGUUGGCCCCGACCCCUUCCCGCCGCCCCGACCCCAACCCCACACAAGAUGUCAGAGGAUCUAGCAAAACAGCUGGCAAGCUACAAAGCUCAGCUCCAGCAAGUUGAAGCUGCCCUGUCUGGAAAUGGAGAAAAUGAAGAUUUGCUAAAAUUAAAAAAAGAUUUACAAGAAGUUAUAGAACUAACCAAAGACCUUCUGUCAACUCAACCUUCAGAAACUCUUGCAAGUUCAGACUGUUUUGCUUCUGCUCAGCCCACUCAUUCAUGGAAAGUAGGGGACAAAUGUAUGGCAAUCUGGAGUGAAGAUGGACAGUGUUAUGAAGCGGAGAUUGAGGAGAUAGAUGAAGAAAACGGCACUGCUGCAAUCACCUUUGCUGGCUAUGGCAAUGCUGAAGUGACUCCACUGUUGAACCUGAAGCCUGUAGAAGAAGGAAGGAAGGCAAAGGAGGACAGUGGCAGCAAACCCAUGUCCAAAAAAGAAAUGAUUGCCCAGCAGCGUGAAUAUAAAAAGAAGAAAGCUUUGAAAAAAGCACAGAGAAUAAAAGAACUUGAGCAGGAGAGAGAGGACCAGAAAGUGAAAUGGCAACAAUUCAACAACAGGGCCUAUUCUAAAAACAAAAAAGGCCAGGUAAAGAGGAGUAUUUUUGCUUCACCUGAGAGUGUAACUGGCAAAGUUGGAGUAGGAACUUGUGGAAUUGCUGAUAAACCUAUGACACAGUAUCAAGAUACCUCUAAGUACAAUGUCAGGCAUUUGAUGCCUCAAUAAUCAGAAAAACUGUUGGAUUUCAUCUCUGCAGGGCUUUACAUUUACCUUUUUAUCCUUAUAUUUUUCUAAAGGUAAAUUAUUUGUUAGAUGAGUAAGGAAGAUACCAUUGUUGUCAUUGUUUGACUUCAAUAGAAUGAAACUUGAAGAAAUUGCAUUUGAUAACCGCUAUUCAUUUAACUUGGUUCAUUACUACUACCACAGUUUCCUCAAAGUUUGUUGGGUAACGCAACUUUUCUAGAUAGAUGCUGCUUAAAUAAAGCACUUAGUUGAAUUGUUGAUCUUCCUGAUACCAGGCCCCAUACAUUUUAUAACGUCCUAACCUGGAACUUUAGUACCUUAAAGCUUGCCACGUAUUCUGAAAGCAAUUCACUGGAAUAUCAAGGCAAAACACCAAACUUUACAGAGAUUUUUUUUUUCUUACCUUCAACUUAAACUUAGCUAUUGGCCAAUUAAACCUAAAAAAUAAGUUAACUUGUAAAAGUCCAAUUCUGUUUUCAGGUUUUUCCUUCAAUAACUUGUUUCCUAAGCCUGUUAGACCAUCUCUAAAAUGUAUCCAGCUCUUUUAUUCUUUUCACUGAGUUUUAGUUUUAUGUAAAAAACCAUGUUUUAGCACCAGCUACCUUUUCUAAUUUUUCCUCCCUCCUGUGUUGGUUUUUCACAUAGGGUAGUGGUACCAUUUUUUUGGAUGUGAAAUGUUUAUAUGAGAAAACAAAAAGCUGAUGUAUAGCCCUGUAUACAGUGUAGAUACUAUUUUUGUAAAAAAAAAGAAAAAAAAAACGGCUAAAUUAAUGAACAAGAGUACUGAAUGUUUCAUCAUUAAAAAUGGACUGUAUUUCUUGUGCAUUAAUCUGACCAUAAUCCCCUGUAUAUUAUGUUCAUGUAGCUGAGUUUGUAAUUUUUGUUUACUAGAUCAAGUUGUCAGCAUUUGCUGGUAUAAGUGAACAUCACAUUUAUCCUGAGUUGAGUUUAAGCCAAAUAUAUGCAUAGAAAAGUGUCUUCCUGUUAAUGGAAGUCAGUGAUUUUCAGGAUGUGUUAAUUUCAGUUUUUGUAUGUUUAACUUUUAUUAAAUAAAGUGUUUUUAAAAUCUCCAGGGUGUGUUAUGACAAAGGUAAAAUCUUACUAGUAACUCCCAGCAUUGAUAAUGAUUAAGCCUCAAUGUACUUGCAUACAUCAUUUCUGCAAAAGAAAAUGAGUAUGUUAAAGGUUUCAAUAAAUCCUUACCUACUCCCAUUAGACAUAAAGAAUUAGAUUCUAAAGGGCAAACCAAUUUUAAGGGCUUGUGCUCUGGAGUUUAUAAAUUUUUGCUACUGGGAAAAUAAAAUUUUUUAUUUCAUGUAUUUUAAUUCUUUCGGUAAAUUGAAACUUUCAGGAGGAUAGUGGUGAGGUAGAAUUUUUCAUCUUGCCUUUCCACCUCUCAACCCAAGAGAUUACUUUUUCCUUUCAUUUUUGGCCACUGAGUAGCGCACAUAUUAUAGAAAAAAAGGUGAAACGUUUUUUACACACAAGGUACAAAUUACAGUAGAAAAAGGGCCACAUAGCUUGAAAAACUUAUAAAUAAAAUAUACUAAUGCUCUCGUUAUUAAUUGUAACAUACUAAUCAACAGUAUCCAUGAAGGAUUGCAGUUGUACCCUUUUAAUGAAAAACCACAGGACAGACAUUUGGUAUAACUGAGUGGCCACACCAAAUGGUUUUUGGUGAGAUUACCUUGGUAUGUUUAUCACUCACCUGGUGUUUGUGUAGGCAAGACUUGUGUUGAGAUUUGUGCUUUGUCUGAUUGACCCUGUGGGCCUUCCUUUCUGUACAUUAAUUUUUCUGGAGGGCUUUGCAGUAGGAGGAGAAAAGAGUAAAGGUGACCAUAUUCUAUAAAAUAUAUUUUUUAAAAUAGGCAUAUGUAGCAUGAGAUCAGGAACCCUUGUGUCAAAAGACCUAGAUGUGGCUCUGAAAAGUCCGAGGUACCAGGAUGAUGAUAGUGUCUUUGGAUUAAACGAAAAGUUAAGACGCCUGGAGCGAGUGUCUUGUGUCAUGUUAAAGCCGAGAAAAUGCUUAAUGGGUAGCAUCUCAUAAUAAUACCAAUACCUUUUUACAAAUGAUGGUGGUUAAGCUCUCAAUAUUCUGAAACCAAAUAUAACACUUGGUCUUAUGAAACUCAAUGUAAUUUCCCAUCAAGAAAGGCUUGACAAGCUCAGUAACUGACCGAUCGUGCUGUCAGUCAUUUAGGGCUCCCAAAUAGCUAUGGUUGCAUACAUCUUUUCAGAACUUGACAUUUGACUUUGUUGUUAUUGAACAGUUGAAGAAUUCUUCAAGACCAGUCCUAACGUUCCCAAAAUAUGUAAACUUUAAAAUUGUAGUAUUAAUCACAGAUAACAUGCUUUUUAAAUUAACAUGCAGAAAGACUAUAUUAGAAGAGCAAGGACUUGAAUCAGACUGCAGUUUGAAUCCUGGCUUCCUUAUUUAUUACCUGUGUGUAUAACUCCUCUUUGAUUCUACAGUUUUCAGCUGUAGAAUAAUUUGUUUCAAUAAAUUGUAAGGAUGAA